GCUUGGUACUAUUGUUUGGCGAUGAAGCAGGAAAAGCCCCAAAUUAAACGCGAUUGGAGGGCGGCUGGCUGGAGAUUCGUGGAUGUAUUGACGGAAUACUGUCAGACUUGCAGUCUGGCGGGUUUUUCCUAUAUAGCAAAUCAUAACUUACACUUUACCGAACGCAUUUUUUGGCUGCUUUGCAUAAUCGUCUCGACCGCAGGGGUAUACUAUCUGAUCAAUCAAUAUCAGCGUGACUUCACUUCACGCGCUGUGAGCAUUGUUCACGAAAGUCUUUCGCCAUUUGCCAAGGUAAAGUUUCCAUCGAUCAGCGUUUGCGAAUUGCGCUUCAAAACCGAUUUUCCACGAAAUGUCGAGGAAUAUGUAGAAAGCCUGGGCACAGAUCUGAACAGUCCCUACAACUGGGAGGUGGAGUCGUAUUUGUCCUUUGUACUGUUUCCGUAUCAGUAUACCACAGGUAUGUUUAUUCGCUGUAAACCGUACGAAGAUUGUGAGCAAUGUGCCAAGUGCCCCAAGUCGAACUACCGGGAAUUAUCGUUAAAGUUCGGUUUCAAUUGCUCGGAUCUGUUUCUAAAUUGUAAAUUGGCGGAUGAGGUUUUCGAUUGCUGCAACUACUUUCUGCCGAUGAUCACACCUUUUGGUCGAUGCUUCCUGUUCAACUCGUUGCAGAACAACCAUCCCGGUUCGAAUCAUUGGUUUCCGGCUAUUUUGGAUCGAAGCAGUCAUCCGGAAAUGAACCUGCAUCUGUCACGCGCCGCUCUGGUAAGUGUGCUUAACGAGGAGGACGUUCCGAAUAUACCGCUGCCAACGGUGGACGUGAUUGUGCUGGAGGGACAGCAUAAGACUCUGCAGUUCCACAAGGAGGCCAUGGUGAAUGAUCCCAGCAUGAAGGAUAUCCCGAUAGCAGCACGGGACUGCUACUUUCCCGACGAGGUGAUGCAAUGGAGCAUGUACAAGGCAUACAGCUUUAGUGCCUGCAUCAGCGACUGCACCAGGCUCUACCAAAUGGAGCUGUGCAACUGCUCCGUCUACAAUAUGAGUCCAUAUAAAACUGAUCGCUACCCGGAUUGUGACUUCAACGGCUACUUAUGCUUGGAAAGUGCUUCUAUGGUCAAGCAGGAUGUGAAAAGGCUGUUUCGCAUCGAUUCGCCGACGUUGCAUUGCCAUUGCUUGCCCUCCUGCACCGAGGGAGACCUAAAGUCAAUUUAUGAAGAUCAAAUUAGCACAAAGAGAAAAGCCAGGGACACUAAUGUAACCCUUGUGAUGCCUGUGUGGCCCACGGAUCAAUAUCGUCGUCAAGUACUGCGAUCCAAGCUCGACGUGGUCGUCUCCAUUGGUGGCAUUCUGGGCCUCUUUCUCGGCGCCAGCAUCCUGAGCGCCAUUGAGUUUGUCUACCACUUUACCCUACGUGCCGCCAACACGGCGCUGAUGGAACGCAGAGCAUUGGCGAAAUUCAAAUAGUUGGCAACGGUUUUUAGGACAUCAAUUUGUUGCUUCUAUUUAUUGAUCAGCUUGGAAUAUAUCUAAAAUUAA